AAAAAAAAAAAAAAUAAUGAUUUAUACCAGAAAUAUAACAUUAAUGAAUUUUUUAGAAAAAAAAUGUGCAGAAGAAUAUUAUGUGAUAAGUACAAACACUUUCUGUCUUCGUAAUUCGCCGAAAAUAUUGUAAGAAAAAUCAAAUUUAGUCGGAAAGUCAGAAGAAAGCUUCGUGCGAUUUCGACAAAUGACAUGUGUUUUCAAUAUUCGAAAAUCGUCUAUUGAUUGUCGAACAAAUUUGUUUAGCUCAGAAAUGUUACAUCUGUAGAUUAAUCGUCAUAAGAAGAGCAAAGAAAAGUGGCUAGUUAAUAAAAUCGUGCGCGUAAUUAAACGACAUAGAGAUCUGAUUAUAGUUUUUGAGUUUUUGAAACUUUACUCCUUUUUGUAAAUGCACUGAGUGGAAUAAAACGUAAAUUUCAUAAAGUAGAGUUUUGUAUUAGAAGUGAAAUACUAUAAUCGGUAAAAAAAUCGUGGAGUAGCAAGAAGGCAUUGUUAAGUCUGGCAGCAUAAUGCGUUACCGUAAGGUAUAUAAAACCUUACCUUAUUCACUAAUGGGGGCUUAAUAUUGUAGUGGAUAAAUAAUCUACAUUUGAUCUUAGGUGGAGCCUGAAAGUGAAUAUUAAUGUUAGGAUAAACAUGUAUAAAAUUCGUAAGUUAAGCUAUAAGUUUCCGCUUACUCCAAUAACCUUCAUCGUCUCCAAAAUAAAUAAAUAAAGACAUGAUUAAAAUUGUUGCUUUAAAUAAUGACGGCCCUGAAGAGGUGUCGGAAGAAGAAGUUGAAUUAACUAAAGAAGCUCAGGAGACCGUAGUUGAGGCUGAGUAUGUUCGUGCUAUAAAACUUAACUCAAAAGGAAAAAUAGAUUUGUGUUUGCGGUUGCUGAAAGAUUUGCUUAAAACGCAAGUUUUAAACGAGAAUUUGGCUGAAAGUAGUAAUGAUAAACUUGGAAUCAUUAGAUACAACAGUCACAAACACAUCGCUGCUUUAUUGGAGGAAAAAGGUGAUGAUGAAUUGGCUCUUCAGCAUUACAUACUCGCAGUUCUGAUAGAUGAUUCAGAUGUGUUCACUUUACAUAAAUUUGGGCAACUGGCGCUCAAAUUAGGUGUGCUAGAUUUGGCUGAAUAUGCUUUUGAAACUUGUUUGGUCCGUAAUUCUACCCACUGGCUUGCCGAGGAAGGCAUGCUACAGACGCUUUGCCGAAGAAAUAAUAUGUUAGGAGCUUUUAAUUGGGCCACAAAAAUGUUACAUCAAAAUCCCCAUUCUAAUAACGCAUUGCAAGUGUAUCAAGAAAUUGCGUCAAUUUUUAAAGGCCGUUUACUCAGUUAUGAUACCUCUUGCUUGCCAAUAAUAGGUACGCAUUUACGAGAUUACGAAAUGCUGAAGCCAGCAGAGUUACGCAUAGAAAAUCCUAACGAUGAUAUCGAAAAUUCCCUUGUAAAAUUACAAUCACAUAAAACAAAAGUCUUGAGUUGGUUGUCAAUUGGGCAAUUUAUAAAGGAUACGUAUUCUGAAAGAAAAAGUUCGUUUUUUAUGUUUAAUUUGGAGGAUAUUCUAAUAAGUGAACCUAUGCAUGUUGAUCAUCAAGGGGAUGUAGUUAGAGGUGUGCACUGCAUUAGUUCGGAUGCACCGAAGGUUGCUUUAUUAGCGCAAAAUUCUGUUCAACUAAAUGAAAUUGAAUUAGAUGACGCUGUUUCGGAGCAAUUUGAUAUACAAAUUGCAAACGAUAAUAACAAUGAUGAUUCGGAUUCAAAUGCUAAAUCUGAUGGUUGCGAAACAAACAAAAAAAGGCGUCGCUGUAGUGAUCUACAUUUUCUUGAACAAUGGGGCUGGCAUAAAAGUCGAAGAUACGCAUCACGCAAGAAACCCGAGCGUGAUGAAAUUGACGUAAGCCUUAAUAAUUAUUUACGGAAACUAUUUUCAAAGCAUACAAAAAAAAUAUCCUUGAAUAAUUGGCCAUUUCGGGAUAGCGCGGAGGAAAUUGGAAAACAAAUUACUGCGUUUCGCUGUAGGCAUUGCAGUAUUGUUUACACGGAAGAAACAUUUCAAACAAGAACUCAAGAUGAGUUUAAACACUUUUUAAAAAAAUUCCAUCAACAGCCGACGGAUUUAAUGCAUCUCGUCUUCAACUGGUUGAAGUGUGUGUCGUUAUAUUGGAAUAUAAAAAUUCCAGAUCCAGUAAAAGAUCUGUAUUUGGAUAUAUUUGAAAUAUAUACGGCUCACUUUGAUUUAUCCACUUGGAAUCAGUUAACUUCAGAGAACUUUGAAGCUUCAUUCAGAAUUUGUGUUUUCUUUUUGGAAAUAGAUUUCAGGCUUAAUGACAGGUGGAAAAAUCUUUUCAAGCAUCUCAUAUUUAAUCUAGGAAAUUGUCAGAUAAUAGAGAUCAAUCUUCGUUAUAUUUUCGAAUUACGUUUAGUAUAUUUGGAAUACUUACGUCUGAAUGCCAGUGGUUAUUACAAACAAUGUCUGGCAUGUUUGCAGCAAAUUUCACAAAUUAUGUCGGCGUAUGACGAGGAACCGUAUGUUUUGCAUUUGCCAAACCUUAGCAAUAUUUGCUUAAACAAGGAUUAUAUCGAUAGGCUACAAAAUGAUUUUCAACGACAAAUAGAUGCUAAUCGGAUUCCGAAAUUGUUUGAAAAUGGAGAAUGGCAACAACUUGCUGAAAUUAUUACGAAAGCUAUAGAGUCAAGUAAUAAUAGUUAUGAAAAUGAAUUUUGGUUUAAAGAUUUCUGUGUACAAAUACAGAUACUUCUGCAGUCGUUUUGGAACACAUGUUCUUACGAGAAUUGCUUCAUAUGGUCAGAGAAGUGCCUUCAUUACAUAAUUUCUAAUCUUUUGGCUGAAACAAGAGCAUCUAGACAAAAGCAAUUAGCUGAAUUGCAUAAUUUUGUUAUAUCGUAUAUUGAAGUGAUUAUAUUAAAUGAAGGUUUUCACGCUGUAACUCAUUUGAGCGAUGACGGCUUAUCUCGGUUAGUUCAAAACAUUAUAAGUAUCCUAGUUUUUUAUCUUGAUGGAAUAUUCGAGAAGAACAACACUCAAGGACAGGAACUGGAUUUUAAACGACUUUGGGUAGUUUUACAUCAAAUUCUGUUAAGGGAUGAGAACGACAGUCCUAAUAUUUUCAACGUAGCACCUAACGAAAGUGAAGACGCUAACGAAUUGAUUCCAAAAUCAUUCUCGAUAUUAUUUACAGCACAUGAAUUUUUAGGCAAAAGACAAUGGUGUUCAAAAGAUAACGGAGAAUUUCUGCAAUACAUAUUAGAUGCUAUUGCAUUGAAUCUUAAAGCUCCAAUAUACGAUGGAUGCAGAGAUUUGUUGUACGAACACAUCGAACAGGUGACCUAUUGCUUAUUUAAGUACCCGCAAAAAAAGGCUAGAUGUAGGCAUUUGGAAGAUCAUGAAGCCACUCAAGUGAAGCUUAACUGGCUAAGAGCUGUGCAAGUGUUUGAUCUAUAUCGCCCAGAAAAACUGCCAGAAUUCAAUUCAUAUAAACUGGAAUCUAUAUCGUCAGAUAUGGAACAACUGUUAUUAAAAAUUAUAUCAUUGAUGCCGCAGGAUUUAGAUUUAUCGGAAUCUGUUGAGCAUAUUACAAAGUUUAUUGAAGGCCAAUUAGAAAGCUUGCCGGAAGAGACGAAAGUGUUUAAGUGGCCUUACAAGAUUAAUAGCAUAUUUUAUUUGCUGGCCGAUUUUUACUUUAAAAGCCGUGAUUUUUUCAAAGCCAUCAAAUACUACAUUCUUGAUUUGGCAGUAUCGUCUGUUAGAUUUGAUUCUUGGGCUGGAAUUGCUUUAUCAAAGGCUAGUAAAAUAGAAACUAAAUUAAAUGGAUUAGGCGCAAUUAGUCCCGUAAUUUUAUGGGAAGAAUGUGAAGAGGUUUUGCGUUGUUUCGAAUGUUGUGUUAAUUUAAACCGUUAUCAGGCUCUGCUUUGGAUAGAGUACGGCUCUUUCACUUAUACUAUUCACUCAUAUUUUUCACGUUAUUUAAAGCACGACUCGGAAAAUCUUUCGAUGGAAAAGUUUUCAAAUGUUGAAGAAAAGAAAACCAGAAUGUUAAAUAUAGCAUUCAACUGUUUUUCUUAUGCCACGUCUUUACAAAACACAACAGCAUGUCCCGAAGAGAAUGCCGAUGCCAAUGACGAAAAAUGGUUGUGCCAGUAUAUGUUAGGGAAGAUAUCAGAAAAACGCAAAGAAGAACCAAAAGUCUAUUUAAAUCACUAUUUAAUGGCUGCCAACUACCUUUACGAAAACAAUGCAACGUAUCCUAUAAAACUUAAUCACAGCAAUCCAACAACGCUUUCUGUUGAAGCGCUUGAAGUGUUCUAUCGCAUUAAUGCGUCAAUAAUAAAAUUUCUAGAACAUGAGAAGGAAGUUACAAGAACAAAUGUGGAUCUUUUCAAUAAAGUACUCAAAAAUUUAUCCAAUAGUCCGUUUGCUUAUAAUAAAGCUAAAGUGGAUGGAAAUUCUCUUAACAUAAUUAAAGGAUCAUUAGUUCAUAACUUUAAACCGCCAGAGGAAAGAAAACAAACGAUGCUUCCUCAAGAGAGUCCCAAUGCGUCUAGAAGGGAAUCACAGGAAACUCUAACUACGCCAACAAUUAGUAAAACUUCGGAGUCGUCGUCUAGCGAAAGUGAAAGCGACACGGAUGCUUCUUCAGAGCAUGAAACUGACCCUAAUCGUAAUAGCCGUUUGUACUCGUGUGCAGAGCUUGAGGCAAUAUUUAAAAGUGUGGUACAAAAUAUCGAGGAGUGUGUUACUCGUUUUCCAGAACAUUACAAAUCAAUAUACCGUUUAACAUACCAUUAUAUGUACUCUCUUCCUAAUCGACUUGAUUACGAGAAAUGUGAACAAUUAUUAUUGGGACAAUAUAAAACUAGUUUAGGAAAUACAAUAAAUGGUUUAUUUUACGAUCGAAAAAAUAGCAAUAUCUUCAAUGGUAUAUGGCGCAUACCUUCUCCAGAAAUCGAUCGACCUGGAAAUUUCUCCACACAUUUGGCCAAAUGUAUUAAUAUUUUAAUACAAUUACUGCUCAAAACGAACAAGUACAAAUUAAUGAUCGAUGUUGGGCUACAUCUGCAUAAAACACCGGACGUAGACAAGCGUUAUAUAACCGAUAACGAGCGUAAAGAAUUAUUUCAACAAUCUUUAACAUAUUGUGUACAAAUCUUACGAGGAAUUUUUCAGAAAAACGUAGAUACUCGAAAUGAUAUGGAAACUCUAAACCUUCUUAUUGACAUAUAUAAAAUUCACAAAAAAUGUUUGAAAUACAUGAGCCAAAAGGAAGUUAUUUUUACGCAUCUGCUAGUCGAAGUCUACAAGUUUUUCAUAAAGGAUAAAAUUGAUCAUGUGCCAGAAAGUGUUAAUUUCGUCGACUUGGCUAUUAAGCUAUGUGUGCAAGAAAUUUCCGUGUUGAAAAAUCUUGAAAAAAGUCAAGCAGAUACUGUCAGUCCAGUAGAUCAUUUUCUACUUCAACCAACGGCAACGGUGUCAAGAACUUUUCAUAUACCCGGCUUAUCAACGAAGCCCAAACUUCGAACUGUAGUAACCAAAUUAGCAACGUUAAAACAGCCAAUAAAGAUUGAAAACCAUCCUUCAACUGAAGUGUCAUUUGCAGAUCUAAUGACACCUUCACAAUUUCAACCUAUCAUAUUUGAUGGUAUGACAUUGAAUAAGGACUCAACUAAAUUUCAAGGACUAUUUGAAGAAUACUACGCAAAGCUUCAGGAAAAUGAGAAUAAGACAUUUUGUAUAGAAGACAAUAGGUUACCAGUUGAAAAUGCGAGUGUUUUCGCAAAGUCUUUAAAUAAGUCCUCUGUUUCCGUAAUUCCAAUAAAAGCGAUGAAACGGGAAGCAGAUGUAAUUCAAAUUGAGGAAGUGCAGCAUAUUCAGGAAAAUGACGUUUCAAUUUCCAAACUUGCAAAUAAGGGCAAGAAUAUUUUAAAAAAAGGAAAUGCAAUCAAAAAGCCAUACAAUCGUUCUAUUGAUAUCGAAAAUAUAAGCAGAGAAAAUCAAAAUGUCAUGGAGAUUUUAAAUAUAUUUAAAACUCUUGGUAAUCAUACAAAUAUAUUGGCCGCAUAUGCAAAUCUACUUCAAAGUAAUCCUACGGGAAAUACAGAGCAAAUCCUAAAUACACAAAUAUCAAAUAUUCCAGGUGCAAGUACUUUAAAUCCUUUGUCAAAUAUAAAUGACAUUCAAAAUGUUACCAUGCACGGACCUUCAGUUUAUAAUACCUUAACAUCUUCAGAGCCAAUUAAACCAUCAACUUCAUCAGCAAUCUCUUGCUUAUCAGAAACGGGCUGUGCUUCAGCUCACGCUACAAUAUUUUCACGAAUCCCACAAGUGUGCUCUGCAGUAACUUCUAUUAAUUCGACGAAGACUUUGCAGGAGAAACUAGCAGAAAGACAAAAGGCUUGUCAGUUACAUGAUAAAAAUAACACAGCCAACGAAACGUCCGCUGAUAUUAUUAUAUUAGAUUGAAAAUAAUGAACAAUAUAAAUAUUAACUUUUUCUUACACUUUGCAAGUAAUUGUUAAUUGAAAAUAAUUUCCUUUUUUUUGAGUUAAAAAUGAACGAACACCGCAGGUUAGUACGGCCAAAGUAUAAAUCAAAACAUAUAAGAAUAUAAUAGUUUGGUAAGGCCAACUGUAGAAAUCCUACACCAAUUCGUCUAGUAAAAUCCUUGCUUUAUUUGCAUUUAUUUUCGUGAUGUAUCUCAAUGCAAACGAUGGCAGCGAAAAUAACCAGAUACUUACUUGUACCACCUACUACCUUAUAAACAAAAAAAUUUGAUGAUGAGACAAUUUUAAUCAGUAGAGGCGCAGGCUCGUCGAUAGUCAAAAGUGUAAGUGCUUCUUUACUAUAUGUGUCCAUUAAAGAGUAGAAAUAUCGGUUUGGCCA